AUGGCAAACUGGAGACGACGUAACGUAAAGUCCAAGUAUAUGACCCAAGGAGCUAUUAAUAAUGAAGUUCCUGCAGCUACUCCACCCACUCCGGUGGCCCAAGCUGCUCGUACAAUUCCGAUGGCUCCCAGUGUUUUGAAUGCUGCAACAGCCCCACCAGUUGCUCCUACCGUAGCUACACCAAUGACCCCAACAACUCCAGAUGCUGAAAAGGUUUAUAAAGCCCUUCAAACCUUAAUGGGGGCAAUCAUUGGACAACAGUUCCAGCCAGUUGGUGCUACUAUCAAUAGGACUAUGAAGCUAGAUAAAGGCACAAAUUUUGACAAAUUUCUAAAGGUUUCUCCCCCUACUUUCAUGGGCACUACGGAGCCAGCUGAGGCGGAGGCAUAG